AUGUCCGGCGCCAGACUCCUAAACGUGGCCGCAUCCGGCGUCAGCGCGGUCUCCAAGCGCGCGACGGUGUCGGCGUCGGCCACGCCGUCGUGCACGGCGCGCGACCCCUUCACCGCCUCCGCGCCCAUCGCCAGCGUCUCCUCCUCGCUCGCCGGCACCUCCCUCCGCCGCCACGCCGCCGCGCAGUCCCUCUCCGCUCCCCCCAAGGCCGCCGCCGGAAAGUCCCGCGGAGGCGCGCUGGGCGCCACGUGUCAAGAGAAGAUCCUGGUGGCGAAUCGCGGCGAGAUCGCGGUGCGCGUGAUCCGGUCGGCUCACGAGCUGGGCAUCCCGUGCGUGGCGGUGUACUCGACCAUCGACCGCAACUCGCUGCACGUCGAGCUUGCCGACGAGGCCGUCUGCAUCGGCGAGGCUCCCUCCGCGCAGUCAUACCUGAACAUUCCGAACCUGGUGGCGGCGGCGGUGAGCACGGGCUGCACGAUGGUGCAUCCGGGGUACGGAUUCCUGGCGGAGAACGCCACGUUCGUCGAGAUCUGCACCGACCACGGCCUCAACUUCAUCGGCCCCAAGAGCAAGGAGACCAUGAAUGAUGAACACGGUGACCACCUCCUUCGUCGCUCCCUCGCUCUCUCCGUAAUCGUCUCUCCUGUCCUCUCAUGCCUUGCGACUGCCGUGCGAUUGCUGUAUGUGUCGCAGCCCAACAGCAUCCGCCUGAUGGGCGACAAGGCGACGGCGCGCGAAACCAUGCGACGAGCCAACGUGCCAACCGUGCCCGGCAGUGAAGGGCUGAUCGACACGGUGGAGGAGGCGCUAUCGGUGGCGGACGGCAUGGGGUACCCGGUGAUGAUCAAGGCCACGGCGGGCGGCGGAGGUCGCGGCAUGCGCCUCGUGCUCGAGAGGGAGGACUUCGUCAAGCUCUACCAGCAAGCGCGGCAGGAGGCGGGGGCGGCGUUCGGCAACGACGGGGUGUACCUGGAGAAGGCCAUCGUGCGCCCGCGCCACGUGGAGUUCCAGGUGCUGGCGGACAAGUACGGCAACGCCAUCCACCUCUUCGAGCGCGAUUGCUCCAUCCAGCGGCGCAACCAGAAGCUGGUGGAGGAGGGCCCUUCCCCCGCGCUCACCCCUGCCAUCCGCAAGGCGAUGGGCGACGCAGCGGUGGCGGCGGCGAAGAGCAUUGGGUAUGUGGGCGUGGGCACCAUCGAGUUCCUGCUGGCUGAGACGGGCGAGUUCUACUUCAUGGAGAUGAACACCCGCAUUCAGGUGGAGCACCCGGUGACGGAGAUGAUCACGUCGGUGGACCUCAUAGAGGAGCAGAUCCGAGUGGCGAUGGGAGAGAAGCUGCGGUACAAGCAGGAGGACAUCACGGUGCGCGGGCACGCCAUCGAGUGCCGCAUCAACGCUGAGGACCCCUUCCAGAACUUCCGCCCCGGCCCCGGCCGCAUCACCGCGUACCUGCCGCCCGGGGGGCCGUUUGUGCGCAUGGACAGCCACAUCUACAAUGAUUACCUCGUGCCGCCCUCCUAUGACUCGCUUCUUGGCAAGCUGAUAGUGUGGGCGCCCACGCGGGAGAGGGCCAUAGAGAGGAUGAAGAGAGCGCUGCAUGACACCAUCAUCUCAGGCGUGCCGACCACAAUUGAUUUCCACAAGCUGAUAUUGGACGUGCCGGAGUUCAAGGAGGGCAAGGUGGACACCAGCUUCAUAGCCAAGCACGAGGAGGAGCUCUCUGUUCCGCCCACGGGUAAGAAGGUGCAGCUGGGCUCAAAGAGCAAGCCCAAGGCUCUUGCCUAG